CCAAAGGAAAUAAGAAACACAGGAGCUGGUUGGAUGAACUGGUGCAACAUAACUAUUGGUUGGCUGUUUCUCAAUAACAGUUUGACACAUCUGUACUCCUACAUUCUCAAAAGAUUGUCUUGCAUGCAACUGGCAUCUGUUUUCCUACCCUUAUUUCAAGUGUUUUUCCAGGAACAUCUGGUGCAUAAGAAGGCAACUUGCAUAGUCAACCCAAUGGAGGAAAAAGAUGUACUUUUCCUAUGCUUAACUGAAGGAGUUUGCUUUCCAACUGUAUUCAGCUAAAAGGGAUGGGGGAAUGGCUGGGAGCUCUUUACACAGAGAUGACUGAAUUCACUGGAAAUGUUUUAGGAGAAAAGCACAGCAGAUUCUGAUGGCCUUGUCUGCCAUACCCCAGCACUACAGAAAUAAUUGAUUGGACACAUUUUCUGCUAGGUAGUAGGUGGCAAAAGAAACAAGAUCCAUAUGCUUUUCAUUUGGAUAAAGGCGGGAAUACAAGAAAUAUGGUUCUCUGGAGCAAUCUGGGACUGGAGAGUAAAGCCAUGUUUUACAAGCAAAUGACCUCUGCACUCCAGAGCUCAGUGAUGGGCUGGGAGGAUCAAGGAACUCCCAAUGUGGAUUUAAACAAGUCUCUGUCCCUAGGCUGAUGUGGGAGACUCCUAUGGGAUACAGACUAGUGGACUUCUGCAAUGUCAUUAAGCAUUACAAACCAAGAUCAAUGACUCAGAGAAGAAACCUUUCUGGUGAACUUGGAACAAAGUUUUCCUCUUGGACUCUUUAACUAGACGGUAGCUCCAUGCCAGUGUCUCCAAUGAGGUGUUGGUUGCUGCCCGUCACCUCUGUGGUGCUGAAAUUUGGAUGAUGUCUAUCAGGAGAUCAAAGGGCUGCUGCUGCGUGUCGCACUUCAAUGAGGACAAUGGCAGGUUCAUCCUUUUAGCAGUACUCAUUGUGGCAUACCUGACCGCUGGAGCCACUAUUUUCUCAGCCAUUGAGAGCCCAUCUGAAGCAGAAGCUCAGCAUCGCUGGAAUUGGACCCUUCAGAACUUCAGCCAGAUCUUCAACAUUAGCCUCCCUGAGCUAAGAGCCUUCUUACGAAAUUAUGAAGCAGCCAUGGCAGCAGGCAUCAGGGCAGAUGCCCUCCGUCCAAGAUGGGACUUUACAGGGGCUUUCUAUUUUGUAGGCACAGUGGUGUCAACAAUAGGUUUUGGGAUGUCCACCCCAGCAACAGUAGCUGGAAAAGCCUUCCUUAUUGUUUAUGGUCUCUUUGGGUGUGCCGGAACUAUUCUCUUCUUCAAUCUCUUCCUGGAACGGAUCAUCUCACUUCUGGCUUUGGUCAUGAAGGCUUGCCAUGAGAGGCAGCUGCGGAGAAGCGGUCUUCUACCUCCAACCUGCCGAAGGGGCUCGGCCAUCUCUGACGCAGACAGCCUGAUUGGGUGGAAGCCAUCAGUCUAUCAUGUGAUGUUGAUUCUGGGAAUCUUUGCCAUUAUUCUCUCUUGCUGUGCCUCAGCCAUGUACACAGCCGUGGAAGGGUGGAAUUACAUCGACUCCUUGUACUACUGCUUUGUCACCUUCAGCACCAUUGGAUUUGGCGAUCUGGUGAGCAGUCAAAACGCUGUGUACCGAAAUCAGGGAUUGUACAGAUUUGGGAACUUCAUGUUUAUAUUAAUGGGGGUAUGUUGCAUAUACUCCCUUUUUAAUGUCAUAUCGAUUGUAAUCAAGCAGGUUUUAAACUGGAUGCUGAGAAAGUUUCGAUGCAGGUGUUGCCCUGAUUGCCAUAAGCCAACUGCUCGCCUUGGGCGGCGCAAUGCCAUCACACCAGGAUCCCGUUUCCGCCGGCACAACAUCUCUAUGGAAACCGACGGACAGUAUGACAGUGACACAGAGGGGAGAAGGCUCUCGGGGGAAAUGAUCUCCAUGAGGGAUCUCACUGCCUCCAACAAAGUCUCUCUGGCACUCCUGCAAAAGCAAUUAUCUGAGACAGCCAAUGGCUAUCCUAGGAAUGUAUGUAUAAACACUAGACAAAAUGGCUUUUCAGGAGGAGUAGGUGCUCUAGCCAUCAUGAAUAACAGACUGGCAGAGACAAGUGAUUCUAGGUAGAAAUUUUGAAAUAAUCUUCUAUAGGACAAAGACACUUUCUUAUUCUUUAAUAAAACAAUAUAAAAAUAUUUCAGCUGAUCUCAAGGGCAAGUUUAUGGAAAGGUUUGUGGGAUUUUUUAAAAAAAAUACA